AUGUACUUUUCUUCUCAUUCUCUCAUUGCUUCUGUGCUCUUGGUCUCUGCCGUUCAAGCAUAUCCAGGAGUUCAAGCAGAUGCUGUUGUUGAUGUCCUAGCUACAGCGACAUCUGCAAUUAUCUUAGAGACCCCUCCACCUUCGGAAGGGAAUCUUGAAAAUGUAGGGUUGUUCAAAUUCUUUGCAAGAGCCGCGAAAAAAACAACGGCCAAAACAACGGCAAAAACCACUGCCCAAACCACUGCUAAAACAACAGAAGCUGCACCGACAACCCAGAAAACCACGGCUCCAGCAACAACGCAAAAGACUACGGCCGUGGUAACUACACCUACGACUACCCCGGUGAAAACCACCGAGACACCUACCACCACUUCCGUUAAGACAACUUCGAUUCCAACUACGUCAUCCACAUCCACCAAACCUACUUCUACUUUGACGAGCUCAACUUCGACUUCGGUCGUGGCACCCAGUAGUACGAGUACUACCUCCAAAUCCUCAAUUUUAAGCAUCAGCUCAAUUCCUACUUCGCCUACGUCUGCUCAAUUAUCGUCUUCUGCAUCUGGUUCAUUGACUAGUGUUAGCGGAGUCUCCGGAUCCAUUACUAGCACUGGCUUCUUGGCAGCUGGGACUGGCUCUACUUUGGCUAGUGGAUCUAUUUCUUCUGGGAUAGAUUCAAAAACAAUCGGAUCUCUCACCAGUACUGGAUCAGCACCAACAGGGACUGGCUCCUUAGCAUCUGGAACUGGUUCAACUUCGGCUAGUGGAUCUCUUUCAUCUGGAACCGGUUCCAUCACCAGUGGAUCUCUCACCAGCACGGGACCCUUAUCAUCAGGAACUAACUCCAUCACCUCCAGUGGAACCAUAUCAUCAGGAAUUAGCUCAAGCUCGAUCUCAGGAAGUGGAACCAUAACUUCUUCCUCCCUCAUCUCCUCCUCCAGCAGUUCCAUUCCUGCUCCCGUCUCCAACACCGUAACCGACAUAACCUACUUCGUCUCCCCCGCCACCAACACCCUCGGAUCCGUAACCAAACUCUCCACCAUCUCCUCCACGGCCAUCCGAACCAUCGGCUGUUCCCUCAGCGCCACAACCGCCACAUCCACCAUCUCCUCCUCCGCAUCCAUCAGCAAAAUCGUCAUCCCAACCGGCUACGGAGAUCCCAUCUUGAGCGCCGAGGCCGGAAAUGCUGCGUUUUACAAAGCGGGCGCGGCGGGAUACUCAAGCCAUGCCUCGAGCGCGCAGAGCGGUUUGGGGUCAUCUAGCGCUUCGAGUGCCCAGAGUAGUCUUGCAAGUGGUACGACGAAGGAAAGUGUAAGCAGUAUUGCCACUACAGAUGUCUCGAGCAUUACUAGUGCACCGGCCACUUCGGGGACGGCUGCUGCCACGGGGAUCGUGGGGGAGAUCUCUUCGCUUCUCAAUAUCUUUGAGCGGGAUAGUGCAGAUGAUAUGUUAGGGGGGUUGGAUUAUUGGUAUGGGAAUAGAUUUGGGCGCUCAUGA